AUGGAGGCUGUAAAUGAGGCCAGCCUUUGGAGGUUAAGAAUAUCAAGCUGUGGGGCUUUGUUACCUGUGUCGAAGAACCCGACGGACCAUCAUCGCCACAGUAGGCAUCUCAAUUUGGAUUUCAGAUUUAAAAAUUUGUUUAAAAACUUAAGUCAUCUGGGAGGUACAAGGGCGGAUGUCCACAAGUUACCUCACAGCUAUGGGUUAUCACAUACUGACAGUUGGAACUUAAUGGUGGGUCUUGUGAAGCUCUGUUUACAUUGCACUGUCAGUAUACACAUGGAUUCAUGUGUUGGAUAGAUUAUGCAAGUCAUAUGGACGAUGAAGGAAGGCUGCGGUUAAGGGCAUUAGAAGAAAAAAGAUGAGAAAGGAUUGGUAUUUCUUAAACGAUGUGAAAAUACAUAUUGCAGACAAGAAAGUUGUUCAAAUCUUUUAAAAAAAUCCCAAAUAAAGUUGAUAGCACAAUAUCAUUGAUAUCCCACGGGAGUUUAGGAUUCAUGCUAAAUGGGAUGCUCCAGCUGGAGAUUUUCUUUAGUUAACAAACCUAAAGGAUGGAAUCUGUUUACAAUUUAUGGUAACUUAUGGGCAUCUUGUCAAUGUAAAAAAGAUGGUUGAGCUACUGCUUUUACAUGAUGACAACUGAUGCAAUGAUAUUCUUCAAAUAUUUCUACAACUUUGCAGCAAAUUCAAGGAGGAACUCACUUAAUACGGUUUGGCCCCUAAACUUUCGUAUGUCGGCAACUUUAAUCCCCUCCGAAAACCAUGCACACAAAACGAUAAAAUGAUGAAUAUUAGUACAUUCCUUUUGUGUGACUAGAACAUAGUAAGAAAAACCUCGUCCGCGUCCCCCGCGAAACGGGGAGGAAACAAUUUCUAGUUAUUAUAUAUAAUAAAAAAACAUGCUCUUAUGAAUAGUAUAUUUUUGUAUUUUCUUAAUUUGCCUACAAAAGUUUUCUUAUUUCACAUUUUGGCCACAAAUCUACUUUCUUAUUUCAUAUUUUGGCCACAAAAGUUUCUUAUGUUGGCAGAUUUGAUUUCUAGACUUUCAUACAUUAUCAAUUUUCUCUCCCUUAUUUUCUAGAAUGGCACUUUCCACCCCUUACUUUGUAGAGUGGCACUUUCCACCCCUUUACUCUGCAAAAUGUCACUUUUACACCCUCAAAUUUAUAUAACGACAUUUUCCACUCCUUCAACUUUUGAAUAUUACCAUGUUUUCAUAUUUAAUCCCUAGACUUUCGUAUGUCGACAACUUUAGUGC